UCUCAGGAGAGGAGAGGUCAGACAGUGGCAGCCACACCACUUAUGUUGGAAGGGUAACCUAAAAAUUACCCACACCUUACGGAAAGUUACAGGGGUACAGUUACUGACUGGGCCUAAACUUUACCUCAUAACACAACUGAAAUUCAUCUUUCCCCUAAAUUCACCAAGGGGCUGAUAUGCUGGGACCCUUGUGCUGCUGCUGGAGAGCAACGGAGCCGAGCUGGCCGGGGGUCAGCAUGAGGGGGAUUCCGCGGCUGCUGCUGGUCACAGCUCUCCUGUCCUGCUGGAGCCAACCCCUGGCAGGAGCCAACUCCUGGUGGUCAUUAGCACUGAACCCUGUGCAAAGACCAGAAAUGUACAUAAUCGGAGCUCAACCCCUGUGCAGCCAGCUGACUGGACUUUCCCCUGGGCAGAGGAAGCUGUGCCAACUGUACCAGGAUCAUAUGGUAUACAUUGGAGACGGCGCUAAGACAGGCAUCAAGGAGUGUCAGCAUCAAUUCAAACAGAGGCGGUGGAACUGCAGCACUGUGGAUAAUAACUCCGUGUUUGGCAGAGUCAUGCAAAUAGGAAGCAGAGAGGCAGCCUUCACAUAUGCCAUCAGCGCGGCUGGAGUAGUAAACGCCAUCAGCCGUGCUUGCCGUGAAGGAGAAUUGUCAACUUGUGGCUGCAGCCGAACCCCUCGUCCCAAGGACCUGCCUCGGGAUUGGCUAUGGGGAGGAUGUGGGGACAACGUGGAAUAUGGUUACAGAUUUGCCAAGGAGUUUGUAGAUGCACGUGAGAGAGAGAAAAACUAUCCAAAGGGGUCAGAGGACCAGGCACGAGCGCUUAUGAAUCUUCAAAACAAUGAGGCAGGACGCAGGGCAGUGUAUAAACUGGCUGAUGUUGCCUGCAAAUGCCACGGUGUAUCGGGAUCCUGCAGCCUGAAGACCUGCUGGCUUCAGCUUGCCGACUUCCGCAAGGUGGGGGAAUACCUGAAGGAGAAGUACGACAGUGCAGCUUCAAUGCGUUUAAACAAACGUAACAAGCUUGAGCAAGUUAACCAACGGUUCAAUUCUCCUACUGAUGAGGAUCUAGUGUAUUUGGACACCAGCCCCGACUACUGUUUACGAAACGAGACCACUGGAUCACUAGGAACACAAGGCCGGCCUUGCAAUAAAACAUCGGAAGGCAUGGAUGGCUGUGAGCUGAUGUGUUGUGGUCGGGGUUAUGACCAGUUUAAGACGGUACAGGUAGAACGUUGUCACUGCAAGUUUCACUGGUGCUGCUUUGUAAAAUGCAAGAAGUGUACUGAAAUUGUGGACCAAUAUGUGUGCAAAUAGCUUGCACCUACCUUAAGCACCUGAAAUACUCUGAUGCCCCCUUAUCACCACCACGCACUCAGUGCCUCUCACCCCCAUUAACUCGGAUAUUAGGGGGCAAAAUAUAUAUUUAUAGGGUAUAAAAUUAAAUAUAUAUAUGUAGAUAUAUAUAUUUUAUAUGUGUAUAA